CUGAACCAAUUGCCCCCCAGUCUGUGCUCCCUUUUCUUCGCUGCACGCCCACAGUUGAUGGCCCGGCCCGCCUUCGCCUUCACCAACGCGUCGCUCGGCUUCUAGUAACGUCAGUGGCUUCGACGAUCCAACGUCGCGACCCACCGCCGACAUGGCAUACCAGCAAUACGACAACUACCAGCAGCCGCAACAGCAACAGCAACAAUACUAUAACCAAGCACCCACGCCGCCCGGCCGGCAGCCCGUAGGCUAUAGUAACCAGCAGUACAGUAAUCAAUAUGACGAAUAUGGAUACGGUCAGGGACAGUAUGAGCAAUACGACGGCUACUACAACGAACAACAGGGUGGAGGGCGGGGGAAUGGGCAUCCGCAGCAACAGUACCUAAGCGGGUACAAUGACAUGAACGGGCAGUCGAGACAGCCACCAGGCCACCGGCCUCCUCCGCGGGAUCAGUACGGGCAGGAACCAAUGUAUAACGAAUAUCAAGGCCAGCCUCGAGGACCAGAUCCAAGAGGCAGGCCAAUGGGGCCAAACGGUGGCCCUGUGCAAGGCGGGAUCCAGCGCGGAGAUUCGCGAGGUCGCGGCAAUUCUCGACAGCCAAACCUUCAGCAAGGUCCAGCGGGUCUAAAACCGCAAGGAAGGGAGCGGCCGCUCUUAUCCCCGCUGUCGCCGAUGAACCUCCCCCAAGACAACCCCUUCCCGACAUUUCCCAACCAAAAGAGCAAACCGCGAGCAAAUACUGGGUCAAUGGACGAAGCCAUGUCCUUGAUGAGCAUUGGACAUGACCAAGAAGGUCAAGGAAGGCCACAGGGGCCGCCCCAAGGCAGAGGUCGGGGUCAGAUGGGCCCACCCCCCGGUCGAGGUCCUCCUGGAAGGGGAGGUUAUGGUCAUCCGGAUAUGCAUAGACAAGAUUCUGGCCAUGGUGAAGCCUAUGGACGCGGCAUACCCCCUCCAGCGAAUCGAGAAUCACCUCAACAACGGCCACCCCCGAUGAAUCUUGAAGGUUCCCAGAGGCCACCCCAGCGACAAUAUGAGCCUACAUCCCCUAUGCAGCAAGCAUUCGGCCCCAACACCCAACGAUCUCAGACAAUGCCUCAGAACAUGUCUGGUUAUGAUACGCAGCAACAAUGGGCAGAGCCUGGUCCCGUAGCUGGAUAUCACGGCCCGGAAUCGCCCACUUACAUUCCCCCUCGUCCAGCGACAGCAGCCGGAACGAAGGAAAAUGGCCAUGGGCAACCGCACCAAUUCGAGCAGAGGCCUCCCAUACCCCAGCCACCUCCACCCCAGCAACAUCAGCACCAGUUACAGCAGUCUCGCGAUGACGGUCGAGGCGAUCUCGACAAUCUCUACGACGAUUACUACGGAAAUGCUGUGCCACAGGACCGACAGAGUAAAGCUGCCUCGAUAGACAUGCCCGACUUUGAUGCGAUCCCCGACUCGGGAGGGAGGCACCGCAGGGGCUAUUCGAUUGAAAAUCAUCUGUCACCCACUUCUUCAGCCGCGCCUAUGCAAGGAAUAACUGCAGCCACAGCUGGGCCGGCAGAUGUAGCGGCUACUCAAGGAGAGGGCUUCUAUCAACAAGCAGCAAGAAGUCGGUCACAACCGGAUUUGCAUGGCCAAUAUGCUCAAGGCAAUGGGGUUUAUGAGAUGGCUGGAGACGCUCCCGCUGUUCCUGCUGUUCCUAAUCAGUACCCUCCUAGUGGGCUACCAAGUGGUCCCCGAAUUCGAGGGCCGCCUUCAAGAGCCAUGACUACAGGAGGACAGCCUCAGGGCUUCGAUCCCAGGUUUGGGCGACAACAACAACCUCCUCUCCCGAGAGGGUACUCGGAUGAGUAUGCGUAUUCAGAGCCUGGUCCGCAAACUAUGAGAAACGCCUCGCCUAUGGUAACAGGCAACCCUAUUGUACGGCCUGGUACAGCGGCACCAGCACCUGGCCGAAUGCUUAGCGAUCCUGUCCAAAGACGACCAGGUACCACGCAACCUCAACGUAAUAUGGAUGCUCUUCCCUCACAUCCUACCCCAGUACGAGCAGGCCUCAUCCAACAGCAGGCUCAACCCCCUGUUUCGCAGCCUCAACAGGCGAGACCACCACCUGUGAGGCAGUACCCCACAGAUCCUACACCUGCCAGUGUCGGAUAUGGGAACCAGCAAAUGUCCUCUGUCCCACCUCAGCGCGCCUCUGUCUCACACCCUGUGACGCACGACGAACUCAAUCGUCUCCGGAAUGCAUGGAAGUUCAACCCCGCGGACAAUACCGCAGGCUUGCAGCUUGCAAAGAAAUUAGUGGAGGCAGCAAGUGUAUUAGCCGAUGAAAAUGGGACGGCUGACACGAGGACCCGUAACAAAAACCGAGAGAAGUUCGUUUUUGAAGCCCACAAGAUUAUCAAAAAGCUCGUUGCAAGCGGCUACGCCGAAGCCAUGUUUUACCUUGCGGACUGUUAUGGACAGGGCCUUUUGGGCUUACAGGUUGAUACCAAGGAAGCCUUCACGCUCUAUCAAUCAGCGGCCAAAGCAGGCCAUCCCGCAAGUGCUUACAGGACGGCCGUCUGCUGCGAAAUGGGCCACGAAGAAGGGGGUGGUACCAAGAAGGACCCGCUUAAGGCCGUUCAAUGGUAUCGACGUGCUGCGGCCCUCGGGGAUACGCCUGCAUUGUACAAGAUGGGCAUGAUUCUACUCAAAGGUCUUCUUGGGCAGCAGAGGAAUCUCGGCGAAGCUAUCAACAUGCUGAAACGGGCUGCCGAUCGCGCUGACGAACAGAAUCCGCAUGCUCUUCACGAACUUGCGUUGUUGUAUGAGGCGCAGACCGGGAAUGAGAGAAUCAUCAGAGACGAAGCUUAUGCCUUGUCCCUAUUCCAACAUGCCUCCGAACUUGGUUACAAGUUUUCACAGUUCCGUCUAGGCCAAGCAUACGAAUACGGAUUGCUAGGCUUGCAAGUGGAUGCAAGAUCUAGCAUUAGCUGGUACACACGAGCAGCAGCCCAGGAAGAACAUCAGAGUGAGCUUGCACUGUCAGGUUGGUACUUGACCGGUAGUGCAGGCAUCCUCGAACAGAGCGACACAGAGGCAUAUCUUUGGGCGCGGAAAGCGGCCUGUGCAGAGCCUCCACUCCCGAAAGCACUUUUCGCGAUGGGCUAUUUCACCGAGGUGGGAAUUGGAUGUCCGAGAAGUCUGGAGGAGGCGAAGAGGUGGUAUGGCAGAGCUGCUGCAUACAAAUUUCCAAAAGCACAAGAACGUCUCGAGGAACUCAAACGUGGUGGCGUCAAAGUCCAAAAGAACCGAGAACGCCUCAGCAGAAGCAACCAGAAGCAGCACGAGGAGAAUUGCGUUGUUAUGUGAACAUGCACGCCUGCAGUCUCGCCGUUGGCCAAACUAGUCUCACCCAGUCCUUUCCUUGAUUUGGUCAUUGUAU